ACUUAAAAUACAAACAGAUCGAGAAUGGAUAGCCAUCUCACGUCCGAUAUAAAUCAUACUGCAUAAUUAAAGAUUCAACGAGACGCUUAUGUGGACUAACCGCGUUCCUCCAAGAAUGAAACGCUGGACUCGAGCAGUUUGACGCCCGUCUCUCUCACCUGGAGUGAAUUAGCGUGGUCGGAGUGAAUUAGCGUGGUCGGAGCGACCGCGUUCGCGGUUACGGUGUCUGGCUUCGCUCUGAGGGAGGAGACAGCGAGGCGCUUUCUAUUUCAUUGGGCGACGAGCGCAGCAUCUCAAUGCAACACUCCGUCGGGGUCGGAGCAAAAUGAUUCUGUGAAUGCUUAAAUCACAGUCAGGGCACAGAGCAGACUGACAGGAACCUCCAUCCACCAUUUUACCAGUUUUUUUUUUUUUUUUACCAUUACAAAUGGGGUGCAUUUGUAUGCUUUAACCAAUGGAAGCCGCAGUGAUGAAACCUCAAAUGAUGGCGGAUAUCAACUGCAACAAUAACGCUGUGAACGCGGAGCUGGAGGUGAAAAAGCUGCAAGAACUGGUUCGCAAACUGGAGAGACAGAACGAGCAGCUGAGGACCCGGGCGAACGCCGUGAACAGCUGCACCGCCAGUCCCCACAGUCUACAGUCCUCGCCGGCCUGUCUACUCGGGAGUCCCGUCGGAGCAGCCGCUGGCCCGCUCUUCGCGGGGAGUUAUUGUGUCCCAAGCCCGGUACCCACACUCCUGUGCCCGUCCGCUCUGAACCCAUAUUGCGCAUCCGAGGAGCCGUACGCCUACUUCCACCCGCACGCGGCAGCCGAGGCCGAGGCGGAGGACGGCGGCGGCACAGAACCCACGGUCUUUGAUGAGGUUGAGAUAUUAGACCUAGAGUCCAUAUUCCCUUGCAACGAAGAGUCCGAAGAUAUCUGGUUGUACUUGCCUCCGAAGAGCAGGCUUUGGACAGAGCGCUCCCUCAGUCCCCUGCAGUGGUGCAGGCAGGUUCUGGAUAACCCCAGACCGGAGGUGGAGGCUGCCAGACGUUCCCUGGUGCAGAGACUGGAGCAAGCCCACAGGUGGAGGGGUGUCUACUCCAGCCCUGUGAGUCCUGCCCUCCCCUACAGCCCCGUAGCCGGAGUCCCCCCCCUCUGCCACACCUGCAAACCCUCCUCUAAGCCUGCACUAACCCAGCCAUCGCCAGGUAAUACACGCACAGCAUCAUUCCCCCCAUCCAGCCAUUCCCCACCCCAUGUGACUCAGACAGCCAAUGGGAAGGACUCCCCCGGUGUAGGCGAGAGAGCUCCCUCCUUCCUCAAUCACGCCACCCGUCACAGUCGUGGCCAUCGCCGGCCCCCCCUCAGUCCCCAGUCCUCCGUCGACAGCGAGCUGAGCGCCUCGGAGCUGGACGAAGACUCCAUCACCAUGGGCUACAAGCUGCAGGACCUGACGGACGUGCAGGUCAUGGCGAGGCUGCAGGAGGAGAGCCUGCGCCAGGACUACGCCUCCACCUCCAGCUCGGGCUGCCGGCGCAGCUCCAGCUUCUCCCUGCGCUCGGGCCGGUGGGACGUGCUCAGCGAGCAGGACGUGGAGGAGGAAGACGAGGAGUAUGACCAGCUGCCGCCCCCCCAGCCCCGGCUAGCCCGUGGGGGGGGCCUGCAGCGCAGCCUGUCCCACUCACACACCUUCUCCAGCCUGAGGGACUGCCACCGCAGCCCGCCCGCCCCCCAGUACCUCAGCGGUCUGUCCCAGCAGCACUCCAGUCCCCCCACGCCCGGCUGCCUGCCCGAGCCUCACAACAGGGCCCCCGCAGGAUCUGCUGUUUGGAAUCAAGCUGAAUACGAGAAUAAGCUCCGGAGAAGCAUGCCUAACCUGGUGCGAGCUCCCAGCAUGCCGAGCGUGCCGCCCGUCCCGUCCCCUGCCGGUCCGAUGGGCUCCCCCUCCUCCAUCCGCAACAGCCAGAGCUUCGAGUCGUCCAGCGCCCUCACGCGGCUCCAGUCCUCCAUUCCAUCUCCGGGUCAACUCCAGCACAGAGUCCACAGUGUGGGGAACUUCCCAGUGUCGUCGCGGCAACCUCUGAAGGCCACGGCCUACGUCAGCCCCACUGUGCAGGGCAGCAGCACCGUGCCGACCUCCGUCAGCCUGCACUCCAUCUUCAGCAGCAGCAUCCCGCUGCCCAACAAACCCGCCACCCCGGCCACCCCCGGCCGCAGCGCCCUGCCGCGACCCGCCUCCAUCGUGGGGACCAGCGCCAUUCCCCGCAGCAAAAUAGCCCAGCCCGUGCGCAGUUUACUGACGCCCCCAAAAAGCCUGGCCGCCCUCAGUGCCCUGCGGGACAGCAGCUGGAGGGAUGGGUGCUACUGACAGAGGGGGGGCGAGGGGGGGUAGAGACCCUGGCAUUCCCAGGGCCCAGCUGGCUGGGCCUGCUGAUGGGACGGCCUCAGUCCCAGCGGCUCUGUGGAGGAAGCUGCCAGCGGCUGGUGCUUGUGAGCGGGAGAGCCGCGGUAACCAGCGACACGGCCGCACUGACCGAGCUUCUGAACCUGUGCGCGUCGCGGUAACGCAACUCCUGCUAUUGCAAUAUUCUUGUCCGAUUUUUAAGGAAAGCAUUGUAGCCAAAAAUUUUAAUUAGAGCAUAAUAUUUGAGAAUGUUUACAAAAUAUCACACUUUGAAAGUAGCGGUACUAAUGAAAUUAUUUUGCCAUUUGAGGAUUUUUUUUUAAAAGGUAAACACUUAAAUGGCAGAAAAUAAAAUUGUUUGAGACAACAAAAAACUAAAUCGGUUUGUAAAAUCUGUAAUCUAAUUGUGGUGCCUGUAAGUAUUGAAGAGCAGUUUUAAGUGUUCUGUUCAGUUCUAAUACCACUUUAAAUGUCAUUUUGGUUUAAUGAGAAACACUGGAUAACAUUUGUUCGUUUUUUUAGAAUAACUGUGUUUAUAAGACAAUGUAGCAAUAUAGGUGUGUUGUCACGGCUGAAAGUCAGUUCAAUGUAUUUUUGUUUCCUCUUUUAAUCAUUUCUAUUCAACUAUUUUCACGUUCCUAUGGAAGAAACGUCACACUGUAGUUGCACUGCACUUAAGAGGGAUUGCUUUUCUAUACCUCUUUGUUUAUUAACUUUACUGUAUGGGGAUGACUAUUUUAAACUAAAAUAAAAGCUUUUCAAAUUACAA